UCUGUCAAGAACUGAAGGAUGAACUUAACCCUGAAAGACUCCACAUAAAACACAUCCAUAUUUCUAAUAAUAGCAGUUGGUCUGAUAUUUCCAACAUGUACAAUACAUUCACCAAUUGUUCCAGUAUCAGCAAUACUAAAUGGAAAAUUUGUAUUUUUGAUGAUUUCCAGAACAUUCAAGAAAGCUUUCUUCCAGAUUUCCAGGAACUUUGUGACAAUGACUUUCCAAUGCACAUAAAUCUGAAAAUCAUUCUCAUAUUAAGUGGUGGAAAACCAUUUCAGUUUGAUGCAAUCAAUUUUGGAGAGUGUAAAGUGAGUCCAUUGUCCAUUAAAGAAGGACAGUUUCUUUUCUGUCGCUGUUCAAACAUUGAGAAAGAUGAUGAAAAUGAAGAGCAAAUACACAACAUCAUCAGAUAUGCCUGUGGCCUGCCAGGACUUCUUAUUUACUAUGCAGAAAAAAUCUCCCAAUUUCAUCAUCAUUUCUCUUUUGAUGAUAUCUACAAAAUGAUUUGUGAUGAAACCAGCAUCAAUGAUUUGCUGGAUGAAUGUACAAUUAAUAGACGUAAUAUUAAACAAGAAAUGGACAAAUAUUUUUCUCAACUCUCUCACAAACAGUUAGAAGCUCUCAAAUUGCUUUCAUAUUUUCCUGGAAGAUUUGGUAUCGAGGAAGCUGUUGAAAUGACUGAUUCUUCUAGUCAACCAGCUUCCAAGAUGCAUGUUCUGAUGCCGCUUGUCGAACAAGGUUUGAUCAAUUCAGAUUUAGAAUUACAGAAUUUCCAAGUACAAGAAUUAAUACGUGCAAUUACUAAACAACAGAUAGACAAUGUACACAGCAAUGAUUUGGUAAAGCUCAAAUAUACAAACAUUAUUGGGAAAAGUUUGAUGAAGGCUCAAAAUAUUUAUGAUAAAGGUCUCAUACAUGAAGCACUUGGAAUAAUGAGCAAUAACUGGGAAAAUAUUACAUUUAUUUUGAAGAGAGGGAUUGAUGCCCCUUCAGAUGGUAGGACAUAUGGAGUUUAUUAUGAGAUAGCCACAAAAGCUUCACAAAUACUUUGGUUAUGUUACCCAACAGAAUCACAGGAUUUUCUCUUGGCAUGUCUACAAAAUUCCAUGUUAUUUGGCAAUGAAGAAGAGAAGGCACUUAUGAAUAUAGCAUAUGGUAUAUCUUUGACAAAUUUACCUGGUUUGGGAGGUUACACAGAAGCUAUAUCAUACUAUGAGAAGGCUAUGAAUGUAUUGCAAUCUCGAAACCUACAAUACCGACAAAUGCUGUUAUACAACAGCAUGGCUUACAACUACCAUAUGCAGGGAAAAUAUGUCGAAUCCUUGAAUUCUGCAGAAAUAGGCUACAACAUGGUCGUCAAAGAUGUCAGUCCUCAGAUGGUGCUACACGUGAAGAUCAACUCUGCCUCUAUCAUGGCCUACAACCUCUCGCUCAUUGGUUAUUAUGAUAGAUGUGAAAAAUUACUGUCAGAAAACUUGGGGAAAAUUUCAUCACAUCAUCCCAGUCUAGCUGUGAUGUUAAAUACAAUGGGUAUUAAUUAUGAAAGGAAUGGCUUACAGUACGACGAAGCAUUCAUUUUUUAUAAUGCUUCUCUAAGGGAAAGAAUGAAGGUUGCUGCAAUAAAUCCUAGACUAUCUGUCGUGGCAAAUUGUAAUGUAGCAAAGAUAAUAUCUCGUGAUCGUGGAAACCAUGAAACAGCACUAAAAUUCCUAUUGAAAUCAAAGGCCAUCCUGAAGAAACAAAGUUGGCACCAUGUGAUUACUUCUGAACUGUUGAACCAGACUGGUCAAGUGUAUUUGAGGAUGCAUGACAUGACCAAUGCCCUAGCAGCAUUCCUGGAGUCCUUGUAUAUCUACAACAAGAUUGAUCCCAACAACAGUGCCAAAAUUGAGGUCCUUAAUAUGAUUGCCCACUGCAAUCUUCUCCAAGAGUCAUUCGAUAAUGCCAGAGAAUAUUUCCAGGAUGUUCUGCAAGUCAACACCAGAGCAUCUAUGAGCUGUGUCCUAGAAGUCGAAGGUUACGCAAUAGCUAUGGAACAUCUUGUUUAUCUCAGUUUUGAGAAUUGUGAGACCCAGAUGGCUGCUUUGGAGACUCUUUUAGAAGAAUUACGUCAGAUCAAUAUACUUAGCGUUAAUUUAGAACAAAAAAUGCAAUAUUCAAGUGCCAUUGCCAAGUACCAAGGACUGAAAAUAAAACUUCUUAAAAAAUUCGACUACAACAGCAAACGAACUGGCCUCCUUAUAAAUUCACUUCCUGUAAUUUGUGACUUCUGCCAGGAUUACAAACGUUAUGUAAAUUGCUCACAAGAGAAUUAUACUUUUAAGUUAUGUGGAUUGAGAUCAAUUAUAAAUGACUUUGAUCUCCAAGAAUUAAGUCUUCAAGAUUAAAUGAUUAUUUUACUAACAUUGUUCGGAAUUUUUUCAUGGAAACGGUUUAUUGAAAGAGAAAUGUUGAAUCAGAUGAGACUAAAUUCUUUAUUCUAUUAUAUUCUAAUAUACUGUUUAGUUCACCAACUGUGCAAAAUAUUUUAUAUGUGUGGUGUAUGUCUGGGACCCAAUAUUUAUAUAUUACCAUUUAUUGCCUUUCUGCUUUCAGUUCAACUAUUAAAAAUAAAUUAUUUCACUUUAAA